CGGUAGUAUCGAUAGCAGCAAUAAAGCACUAUGUUUAAAUUAAUCAAUCAAGUUGUUUUGUUCGCGACGGUUGUGUUAAGUUUUUGUGUUUGUGUUAACCUUGAAAUUGUGCCAUCGAUAUUGUUUGAAAUAAAUUAGUGGAUUUGAAUGAAAAUUGUGAAAAUUGAUCGAACCGAUCCAGAUUAUCAGUUUGUUUAAUUGGAAUGUAGUCGGAUUGAAUUGAUUUUUUUUUGUAACUGCAUGCGUGGGACGGGAAUAUCGAAUAGACGGGAAUAUGAUAGGAAGGCGGACAAGAGCAAGAGCUGGUUAUACGUCAAUAACACGACAAAGCCAAAUCUUAAAUCAUCAAUGCGAUAACAUUGAAAUUGAAAAUGAAAAUGUGCCUGAAGUGUGUAGCGGUUCGGCCACAUCAUCAAGUGCUUCAUCGCGUGAAUAUCUUCCAAAUGCCCCAAGUCCGGUCGCAUAUAAUGCUUACGGAUACAAGUCAUCAACUAUACGCACAUUAUUGUAUCACAUGAUCUCUAUUCUAUUUCUGGGCAUUCCGUACUUGAUCUCUCAUUCGAGUCUUCAAUUUUUCGUUUGGUUAAAAUUGCAAAGUUGUGAUUUGGAUAGCUGUGAUUUAAUACUUGUCACAAAUAAACGAAGUGGCCAGGCUUCACUUGAACAUGUUGUGACAAUACGUAUCACUGCCGAUAACAUUGCAUAUUAUUCCAGUAUUUUGAAGGAAAUUUGCCGAGAAAAUGGAUCAACAAACAAAAUUCGAACUUUUGAAUUCGAACAUGUUCGUUACAUUUAUAACUAUCACAUCGAUCAUUUUGUGCGAUUGCGACAGCUCGAUGAACUUUCAACCACAAAUCAACUCAUUUAUUCCAGUUUAAAUUGCGUAUCAGAUAAACAACGUGAUGCUCUAACACAAUUAUAUGGGCGCAAUACAAUUGAAAUAGCUGUUAAAUCGUAUUGGGAACUAUUUCACACCGAAAUUCUCAAUCCAUUUUAUUUAUUUCAAAUAUUUUCGGUGACAUUAUGGUGUUUCGAUGAUUAUUACUAUUAUGCUGGAUGUGUUUUUCUUCUAUCGGGCAUUUCCAUUUUCUGUUCACUGUACGAAACGAGAGCGCAAAGUAUUACAUUGCACAAUGUGAUUGAGCGUGUAAAGUCGGACUAUAUUAAGAUAUUGAAUGAAUCGAAUGAUGUGGAUGUAAUUGCGUCUGAUUCGUUGGUGCCAGGCGAUGUAAUCGUGAUUCCAAUGGAUGGCGGAAUAUUGGCAUGUGACGCGGUGUUAAUAUCCGGUUCUUGUAUUGUAAAUGAAAGUAUGCUAACGGGUGAAUGUGUCCCAGUCACCAAAACACCACCCACAUCAAAUGAUUCACCAUUUGAAUGGAUGUCACAAAAAAGACACAUUCUCUAUGCUGGAACAACAAUACUACAAACAAGAUACUAUGGAACUGAGAAGGUAUUGGCAAAAGUCGUUCGGACCGGUUUCAAUACUUCGAAAGGUGAACUCGUCAAAAGCAUCCUCUUUCCUCGUCCGAUUGAAUUCCGAUUUUACGAAGAUUCGGUGAAAUUCGUCUCAAUGUUAUUUGGUGUGGCUGCUUUGGGUAUGGCUUACACCAUUUAUCUGUAUCAUGCACGUGGAGCUGAUAUAAAAACCAUUAUUGUUCGAGCAUUAGACAUUAUAACGAUAGUGGUACCACCUGCGCUACCGCUUGCGAUGACUGCUGGUCAGGUCUAUAGCCAAGCGCGUCUCAAGAAAAAAAACAUUUUCUGUAUUAGUCCCCAGCGUAUCAAUGUGUGCGGCAAAUUGAAAUUGGUAUGUUUCGAUAAGACAGGCACUUUAACGGAUGACGGUUUAACGAUGGACGGAUGCCGUGAAUGUCGAAACGGUGCUUUUCGCACUAGUCACACACAAUCACCGAAUGUUUUCGACGAAAAAUCGAAUAUAGUCCAAAAUAUGGCCACGUGCCACUCGCUGACAACAAUAAACGGUACAUUAAAUGGUGAUCCCCUGGAUUUGGAAAUGUUCAAUUCAAUCAAAUGGGAAUACGUCGAGCCUGGCAGCGAACAUACACGUUUCGAUAAUUUAGCUCCGGCAAUGGUGCGCCCAAUUAAAUUGAAUAAACGUUCACCAACUAUAUCACCGAAUUCCGAGGGUGAAUUAACCGAAGUGCCAUAUUCCAUUGGAAUUAUAAAACAACAUCAAUUCACGUCGGAAGCGCAAUGUAUGUCGGUGAUUGUGCGUGUAUUGGGCGAAAAAAAUAUGAAAAUUUUUGCCAAAGGUGCUCCGGAAAAAAUUCACAGUCUAUGCCAAUCAAAUACAAUACCAAAGGAUUUUUAUGAGGUGCUUUGUAAAUACACAUCAAGAGGAUACCGUGUGAUAGCAAUGGCACAUAAGAAACUUUCAUCGAAAAUCAAAUGGACUGAAAUUGAACGCAUGAAACGUGAUGAAAUUGAAAUUGAUUUAGUUUUUGAUGGUUUUUUGAUUUUAUUAAAUUGUCUCAAGCCCGAAACAGUCAAUGUAAUCGAUGACUUACAUGCGGCCAAACUACGUACCGUCAUGAUCACAGGUGAUAACAUAAUGACAGCAUUAUCAGUUGCCAAAGAUUGUAAAAUGAUUAAAUCGAAUGAAGAGGUUUAUAUUGUGAAAUGCGAAGGCUACGGAAACGAUAAACCAAAAUUGACAAUUGAAUUGAGUCGAGAUAUUGGUGCUGUUGACGAUACAACAACAUCGGAAGAUGGGAUAAAUAACGUUGGAUUUAAUGCGCAUUCAACCUUAUUGAAUAUAUCGGCAGAUCGAUAUCAUUUGGCAUUGGAUGGAACCGCAUGGAAAGCGAUUCAAGUGCAUUAUCCGCAUUUUAUACCGCAUGUUGUGGCAAGGGGCACUGUAUUCGCUCGAUUUCGACCCGAGCAAAAGAGCCAAAUUGUUAUAUGCCUAAAGCAAUACGAUUAUAUUGUGGCCAUGGUGGGCGAUGGAGCUAAUGACUGCGGUGCUCUUAAGGCAGCACACAUUGGAUGUUCUCUUUCAAAGGCUGAAGCAUCAGUGGCAGCACCAUUUACCAGCACCGAAGAAAAUAUAUCGUGUGUCAAACAUUUAGCACUUGAGGGUCGCUGUGCGCUUGUUACAUCAUUUGGUCUAUUCAAAUAUAUGAUAAUGUACUCAUUUAUUCAAUUUAUUGGCAUUCUCAUUUUGUACACGCAUUCAUCGAUUUUGGGAAAUUUCCAAUUCCUCUAUGUUGAUUUAAUAAUAACGGCUAGUUUGGCAUUUUCAAUGGGUCGACAAGGGCCUUCUGAUAAAUUGGUCGAACGACGACCUAGCAGCUCUUUGGUCUCAUUGGCCAAUGUAGUUCCGCUGUUAUUGCAAGUGCUUCUUUGUGCAACCAUUCAAUUGUCGGCUAUAAUUUAUCUAUUUAAUCAGCCAUGGUAUUCGGCAAACGAACAAAAUACCGUUGGCAACAACGAUGAUGAUGACGACGAAAGUGUUUUGUGUUGGGAGAAUACGGUGCUAUUUUUGGUCAGUUGUUAUCAAUAUCUAAUUUUAGGCGUUGUUUAUUCAAAAGGUCUUCCAUAUCGCCAGCCGCUACAUAGAAAUGGUUUAUUACUUUUGUUUGUUGCUGUUUUAACAACGUUUACCACGAUGCUGCUGUUGCGACCGUUUGCAUUUAUAUCGGAUCUUUUCGAAAUCAAACCAUAUCAAGAUACACAAAAUGCUAUCAAUGUCUUCCGUUUUACAAUUCUUGUGUUUCCAUUCAUGCAUCUUAUGUUGGCCUAUGGCAUUGAGCUAUUGAUUGCCGAACGACAAUGGUAUAAAAGUUUUAUACACUUUAUUGUACGUAAAAAAGGUCCACGAAAUAAAUUCAAAAGAAUCGAAAUCGAUGUACAGGCAAACAACAACAUAUCCGAAUUGCAACGUCAUUUUGACUGUUAAUUCUUCAAACAUACAUAUUAUAAACUGUAUAAAUGUGCGUAGAGCAGAUGUAUCAAAAAUCGAAAUCAAUAUCCAAUUUGUUAUUUAACGUGAUUUCAUUUAAAUGUACUCAAUG